AUGAUGGAACUGGUUAAAUGUUUUGUUGUAGAGGAGCGAAAUGACGCUAAGUUACAACUUUCUCGAGAACAGAAUGCCAGAGUAUUACAAGAUGGAAUUCUAAAGAAUCACCUUUGCAAACAAAAGGAGAUUGAAGUGGGUAAUAACAGAAUGAAUUCUGGGAUUUCUAAUAGUCAUAAAGAAGAAAAAGAUCUGUUGCCUAAAACCCACAUGUGGCAGGAUGAAAUUGCCAUGCUAAGACUGGAAAUAGACACAAUAAACAGUAAGAACCAGGAAAUGGAAAAGAAAUAUUGUGAAGACAUUGAAAUUAUAAAAGAAAAUGUCAGUCUUCUAAAGGCCAUAAAACUGAAUGAGGAAACAUUAACAAAAACAAUAUUAGAAUAUAGUGGACAGAUUGAUGCUCUGACCACUGAGAAUACAAUGCUAAAGUCUAAACUGGAGAAUGAAAAGCAAAACAAAGAAAGACUGGACACACAAGUUGAAUCAUAUCGAGCUAGACUAGCUACUGCUCUAGAGGAUUAUGAUCAAAGUCAGGCGUCAAAAAGAGACCUAGAACUUGCUUUCUGGAGAGCAAAAGAUGAAUGGUUUUGUCUGCAGGACAAACUGAAUUUUGAUGUGUCUAACCUAAAAGAAAAUAAUGAGCUUCUUUCUCAAAACCUUUCUAAAGCUGAAAGUGAAUUCAAUACUUUAGAAAUUGAGCUCCAUCACACAAGAGAUGCUCUCAGGGAAAAGACUUUGGUUCUAGAAUGUGUACAGAGAGACCUAAGUCAAACACAGUGUCAGAAAAAGGAAAUGGAACACAUGUAUCAAAAUGAACAAGAUCAAGUGAAUAAAUACAUUGGAAAGCAGGAAUCCUUAGUGGAGAGAUUAUCUCAACUACAAAGUGAAAAUAUGUUGCUUCAACAGCAUCUAGAUGAUGCUCACAACAAAGCUGCCAGUAAAGAACAUGUAGUAAUUAAUAUCCAAGACCAGUUUCAGGGUAUCAUAAAAAAACUUCAAGCUGAAAGUGAAAAACAAGGUCUUUUGCUGGAAGCAAGCAAUAGAGAGUUAAUCAAUGAAUGCAAUCUUUUAAAAGAAAGAAUGUAUCAGUAUGAAAAGGAGAAAGUAGAAAGAGAAGUAGCUGUGAGACACCUUCAACUAGAACUGGCUGAUGCCCUAAAAAAACAAUCUAUGUCAGAGGCUUCGCUGGAGGUUACAUCACGUUGCCGUAUUAAUUUAGAAGAUGAGACACAGGAUUUGAGGAAGAAAUUAGGUCAAAUCAGAAGUCAGUUGCAAGAAGCACAAGAUCGACAUGCAGAGGCUGUAAGAUGUAUUGAGACGUCGAAAGAUCACGUGCAAAAGCUUGAAGUUGAAAAUGCCAAGUUAAAAGUUACAGUCAAAAAACAAGCGUGCAAAAUUGAACAACUUCAGGAAAACCUGUUAAGUACAAGUUUGGUAAUGGUUUUUGAGUGUGUGGUUGAGAAUAUUGUCUAUGAGGAACGAGAAGGAAGAUCAAAAAGUAGAGAUGACCUCAGUAAAGGGGUCAAGGCUGGAAAUGUAGAUUAG